AGGCGACACGGCGAGGUGCAACAGUGCAACGGUGCUGAGGUGUGCUACAGCGGACGAGGUAGGAGCGGCCAGCAAUGGCGGCGCCAGCGACAUGUUUCGCGCUUAUCCUGAUGGCCGUAUCGUGUGCUACGAUACAAUGGAGCAAGCCCAUCACAGCAGCUGACAAGAGAUUAUCUACAGAAUCGGAAGAUUGGGUGCCAGUAUCGUCGGCCUGCCCCACGUGCCCGAAAGAAACGCAAUCCAAGGUGGUGGCAAGACAAGCAGCAUCCUUGUUUCAGCCACCCCCCGCCUACCAACCAUCGGCUCAGUCUGCGUACAUAGAGCAGACGCUGAGCGCCCAGCAACGCGAGAUACAUGGCCACUUUAACACGCAGGGCCUGCUACCACCAUUAAUACAGAAACCCCAACAAUUCUACACCCAACAAUCUGUGCCUCAUCAACAGUACCUUCCAGAGACUGGGACAUUAAAUCAACAGCUAAUGCCGCCUCAACUGAGUCACCAACUUCCGUCAGGAGCUCAACAAUCAGUGCCUCAACUGAGUCACCAACUUCCGUCAGCAGCUCAACAAUCAGUGCCUCAACUGAGUCACCAACUUCCGUCAGGAGCUCAACAAUCAGUGCCUCAACUGAGUCACCAACUUCCGUCAGCAGCUCAACAAUCAGUGCCUCAACUGAGUCACCAACUUCCGUCAGGAGCUCAACAAUCAGUGCCUCAACUGAGUCACCAACUUCCGUCAGGAGCUCAACAAUCAGUGCCUCAACUGAGUCACCAACUUCCGUCAGCAGCUCAACAAUCAGUGCCUCAACUGAGUCACCAACUUCCGUCAGCAGAUCAACAGCUAGCGUCUCCGAAAUUCAGCCACGAUCGACAUCACACCAGGAAGCCAACCCCCUCAGCCACAUCUCUGCCGGCUCCCCAAGAGGAGGUACAGCUUCUGUAUGUGCCCCUGGAAACUCUACGUCAACAGCACCAAGCAGCCCUCUUGCGGCAGCAACAGAGACUGACACAGGAGCCAAAACCGACAACCGAACAUCCUAGCACAACACUUGAGCCAUAUCAACCGCCCUUGUCAGUAUACAUGGGUCCAAAGGAGGGGCAUGACGUCAAGAUUUCGGACGUAGUCAAAGUGCUGAAGGAGGCUUCGACCAUCUCAGUACUAGAAGCUGUGGGUCCCGACUCGCCGAGCGUGUUUGUCGGGCCGUCUGACUUGCAGACUCCUACCGGCUACGCAAAGUUCGAGCUCCCCUACCUUUCGGCACUCGGGUCGAACCGCAUCGAGAGGAAAGUGGGCAAGCCUCCAUUCUUCGUAGCACCUCUCAGCUUCAAGCCUCCACCUGGUUACUCUAAAAUCCCGUUUCCCGCCCCACACGUCGGUUCCGUCGUCAUCGCCAAUGUGACAGAGAAUUACUUGCACGAGAAGGACGAUGCCAGGAAAGCGUACAGUUUACCCGCAGAGCUACCGCCAAUAACUCCAGAGUUGCCUUCCUUGGUAAAUUCGCUUCAGGACCAACGCAAUGUCCUCCUGACGCCGCAGAGACAAGGGGCCACAAAUAUCUUACAGGCGGUGCAGCAAGUGGGACCGGAUACUUCAACGGAGCGAUACACUCGAGAGAAGCAGCCUCGUCGCCCGCAUCAGGACGCAGAGGUCACAAACAAACCAGCCAGGCAUCGGUUCCAGCACCCACCAGCACAGAAUCAGGAAACAGCUGUGACCACGCUCGAGUCACACGAUUUAGACACCGUGCAGCGGAACCCAGUGACCCCGACGCACGCGGCACAGCGGGCAGAAAUAUCAACAUAUCAGCCUCCAUAUCCACGGCACGAAGACCGGCCAGAGCAAUCGCAUUACGACAUCGCGCCAGAAGACACUCCGACAAGCCGGCCACAGACAUUGGUUCGAAACCCAACGCGGUAUCCCCAGUAUCAUCAGGCAGCCACACAAGGAAAAGACGCCGACUCACACGAACACACCAGGACGACGCAAACAAAACCCCCGAGCCAUCAAGAAAGCUCUGAACUGACGCCGAAAUAUCUUAACUCUGAGGAAGGAAGCACAAAACCACGGCUACAUCAAAAUGUAGUUCCGGUGCAACAAGCAGCGUACAACGUGCCUCCGGGAGAAGAUCAGUACCCGCGUUUGGAACCAACAGAACCACCCAAAUCUAUCAGACCUCACGAAAACAUCCCAAUAAGCCAGACGCAAUAUCCAGUGCCACAAGCAGACGAUCAGCCGAAGUACACGACCGCGCUGGAGGGAACACGAAGCCGGCAGCCACAGUUUUCGGACACGUACUCAGUAGCGCCGGAAUACAUUUCAGAGCCACAGGGACAGUUUCCAGCCCUGGAAUACGACACUUCAGGCGACGAUGCGCUACGCCAGUCGAAAUACGCGGAGCCUGAACGAAUCGCCCCAGGAAACCGAUCGAGACUUACUUCUCAGGAGGACAUUCCACAUCGCCAGCGGCAAUACCCAGAAUAUACCAUUCUUCAAGAAGAUAUUCCACAACUUGAGCCACAAUAUCCGGUUUCAGGAGAUGAAACGGCAGAACUAUUAUCGAAACAUCAGAGGCCUCACAAAGGCAUCUUAUUACGUCCAGAAGGGGAGAACGAACAAAUUUACACGACCUCACGCGACGAAAUUCCACAACACCCGGUAUCAGCCACACAAAGUCCACAAAAGCAGUCAAAAGACAAAAACCUCCACGAAUUCCCAGUUCUUCAACCGCAGCAUCAAAACACGCGAACGCCAUUUGUAACAACGCAACCGAAUCUCGCUGAUGAACAGGAAGAAAUCUCGUCAGGUGUUACGCGGUACACAGUUCCGUCGGACAGAUUCCAGUCCCGAUAUCCGUUUCCGGAUUCGCAGGUUUUGACGCAGCCUCUUCUGACAACCACAGCCGCCCCCGAGAGCACAACGCUCUCACGAGGAAGGACUCGAGGGAGGUACCGUCCUUCCACCUUUUCGACGACCACUCAGGCUCCGCGCACUAGGACAUCGCACGCGAGAGGCAGGCGUCCGGCCGCACGGACCUCUCCGGAACCUGUCCAGGCGCCACCUACAGCAGCAGCAGCAGACAAACUCAGUUCGUUCGAGAGCAGCCGGCAGCCUUCAGCGAAGACGCAGUCACAUCGCUUUGAGACCCAGCACAAGGACAGGGCGCGAACUCGUAGCAGGGGCAGGAGUACGACGACGACGACGACGACCGCGUCGCCGGAGUACAGCAGCGACUUCUACGAGGAAGAACAGUUCGCCCUUGCAACAUCGACGCAGCGCUCGAGGACAGACACCGCGACAGAAAACAUAUUUCAGUUUGCACCGCCGCACCAGCAGCUCACCUCGAGCGGCCAAACGGACUUUACGAGGCGUCCCAGCAUUGAACCGCUGCAAGGCCACAGCGUGCAAGUGACCCUGGAUCAAUUUUCGGCUGGACAAACACCUCGCAGUCAGACACCCGGUGGAUCAAAUUCGGGCACGCCAUUAAUUUAUGCACACAAUACAAACAGGCAAGUGUCCCUUAAUCAGAUCCCUUCGGGACAAGACGCUCUUGGGCAGUUCCCUGACAGAAAUGAGGCUCAAGCGUAUGUUCCCGCUGGACAAGCAGCCAUUGUUCAAACCGGAAAUGACGAACUGGGGCAGUCUCAAAUUACAAUCGGGCAAAGAAGUCACUCGCAGAUUCGGUCUGGGACACUCGACGGCGCUUCAGGUCACAGUCAACAUUACAUUUCAAGUGGGCACGUCGACCACGGUCGGAUUCCUACUACUCCAGGAGUUAGCAGCAAUCAGCUUCCUACUGGAGAAGCGAGAAGCAACCAUUUCGUGGGCGGGCACGUGACCAACGGCCAGACCCACGGCGAGGGGCAAGUGGCCCUGCCACAGACACCUGGUGAUUAUUACGUCGGCCAGUCUGUUCCUUCCAAGGACAAUGAGCCGUUCUUCCCAACUUCUGAGCUGUCAAGCACCGAAGCUACUUCACAAGAACAAGACGGAUUUUUGCUACACGAACUUCCAGAACCCACAGAAGAAACAACCCAGCGCCAAUACUACGCGCCAGGGGAGAGCAAACAUCGAGCGCCGGACGUUGGUCCCGCCCAUCAAACCACGAUUCCCCCUCCAACGCCCGAUGGCAAAUUCAGAGGGCGAGGCGACUCUGAAAUCGUAACUUCCGACAGAAGCGUACAGCAGUUCGACGGAGAGGCGACACAGAGACCGCCGCUUGUGCGGAUCCGGGGAAGAAUACGUGGGCGACCGAGGGUAAUCCCUCAACCCGUGGAGCAAUCUGCCACGACGGCGACACCUGAACUGCAACCCACGACGAAUGCGGGGAGGAAGAACACCAACUUCCUGAACAGAGGUUCGGCGAGAAAGACGCUCGCACCAGCCACGACGCCGACGGCCGAAACGACGACGACGACGACACUCAACGACAAGGUUUACACGGUGCGUCCUUCCAGAAGACCGCAGCAAGCUCAGACGAAGCUGACGAAGAGAGGCAGAAUCCGACGCCCGACCCGUCCCCCGACCACGACGGACGUCUCGACCCUGACGGUCACAUCGGGGUACGGGCAGAACGAGGUCCCUGACGUGUUCACAACAGAGUCAAUCCCCGGUGCAGGUCAAUUCCACGCGGUUCUACAACCGGAAUACGACCUUCCUCAACAAUAUCAGUAUCAAUCCAUACAGCGGCACCGUCAAUCAGAGGAUCAGUAUCUGCCAGACAUCCGUCAACCAACGCCGCCGCAGACUGAGGCACUCGGACACCUUCGGGUGCCAGACCAAAUGUCCCUGUCGUCUGAUAAUCAACCCCAGUACGAAGCCGACGACCUGGAGCGCGGGGAGGAAAGUCAGUGGUCGACCAGAACGGCGGCACUCAAGGCCGCCAAUGCCAUCCAGAACGCGGAAAAAUCCAGCACCACGCAGAUAGAGGCGGUGACAGCGGACACGCCAGUGACGACGACAGACGACGCAGAGGCAGCCCUGCUCAUGUUGACGGCGUCUCCCGACGUCAGAACUUCAGCAGAUCCCAGCACGCCAGGUCACAGUCGCCGAAGGGGUAACUGGGUUCGUGUCCGAGUGACGCCACAGCAGCAGCAAGAUAUUUUUGAGACGGCGGAGUCUCAAAACCUGGCCACGGUGUCAGCAGUCAACCUGAUUCCAGGAGAAACCGUCAAACAAAUGACAAACAGUCCGGGAAAACAGGAUGUUCUUCAAAACAACUCGCUGACUUUCCAUGGCGAUUCUAAGGACCACGCUUCAAGCAAAGAGAAGACUGAGCCUUCUAGCACCCAGGACGAAUUCUCGUUCAAUUCCCACAGUGUUCCAGAUGGCUUCUCGGACGACAACGCCACAGCUGACGGCGAAUCUACGUCCCACAACGACCAGAACGACUCUUCGAAACAAGGACAUCCAUCCAGUUCCACCGCCAUCAACGGCCACUACAAAGAUUCGGACAGCAUAAGGAAACACGUCGCGGCACAUUCCAGCGUCGAAGAUGAAACGGUUAAAAUACUGCAGAAUGAUGCGUCAGGAGUGACCAGGCCAUCUGCAGAUGGUUAUUUCAGCGGCGAAAAUAUUAAUAGCAGUGAUAGGACGAGGAAUGACAACCCUUCCAACGAAGUGAUUUCUUCAGGGCUGUUGCCUCCAAGCGGUCUGCGUGACACAUGGAACCACGAAGACCCUUCCGAAGUCGUAACGACGCCCGUGAGCGUCGAAAGUGACGACGCAACGAGAAACGAAACCACGACAACGCAGCAGGACUCGUACACUGAGCCCCCACUCUCAUCACCUGAGGAAGACCCGGCAAGGCUAAACUGGGGAGGAUACGAAGACUGGUGGGCCAAGACAUACGCGAACCACAGACCACACUACAGUGACGAACACUUAAAGGUUCCUGAGGAGACCGAGAACCUCCCAGACAGUAUAUCCAUCUGGAACAUGGACAGCUUCAGAGAGUACGACGACGGUUCGAAGGACACCGAUGACAUCGCCACGGCUACCAACACAAGCACGUCGAACGACGCAACCGUGUCUCCCUCCGAAGGUCUGACCAGCAACCACGGGAAGGAAGACCUCAGCGAACGUCAUCAUAGUAGUAAGCACUCGGUGAAAAAGGCGAAUCCGCUGAAUCUUUACAAUGACAAAGAAGUCGAGAUCGAGGAUGGAAAGAACGAGCCUGCAUGGGAUUCGAUCCAGGUUCUCACGACGACAUCACCAGGUACAGUCACACCAAUCACAGAUAGUCCUGUAGAGUCAAACCAGUUCUCAGGGCCAAGUACGGAAGAGUCAAACCAGAGCUUAAACGAACCAACAUCAGCCCACAGCGACGAGGAGCAAACGCCACCUGGAAAUGCAACAGAGCUCAGGGUUUUGCCAGCCUCGGACGAGUUCGCUGGAGCACCUUCCUCUACCGAGAGCUCAUUGAGCUCAGAAGAUGAAACCGACAAUCCGUCACAUUCCGAAACGAAUCAGACGCUCUCACGUGCCGAACACAACGCAGACACAGCCUCUGAACCUGACAUAAAAAGAACGGACACACAAGCUCUCAUGACUCGAAUUCUGGGGACCAGAACGUCAACGAAGAUUUCCCACGAAACAGAAAUUUGUUUCAGAGGUCGAUGCAUCAAGACAAAGACAAAGGAUUCAGACAUCGAUCAGUUCCCGACAGACUAAAGUGUGAAUCAAAUAUCCACACAGAUCUGUCUGUCUGUCCCCUGCCAUGUUUCGGCCGAGUUCGCACUCCAUUAGUUCUGAUGCGAACCAGAGUGUAGCGGAACAGCUGAUUGAUGUAGACACGUCCGGAACCUUCAACGUGCGGAAGUACACUUCAAAAGCUGUUUAAACCCAACCACUGUCUUUAUUUUGAUACGUGAACUGUAGGAAUCCUACAUUAAAAACGCCGUGGCAGGUUCUCCAAUCAGCGGAUUGGCAACACUGCAGCCAGACAACUACAUGGGUACUGCUGGGAAGGUGUUUAGAGCACGUCGACUUCGCCCAAGGAGGGUGUGACACAGAACAGAUUUUCCUUUCAUUCAGUACUAACUCUAGGGGUGAGAAAACGCAAUACACUCGUGCUUUGCCAACGACGACACGCCUAAAAUCGUGCUCGGCUCCCGUGACUUUCAAAAAGUGGCAGAUCCGUUGUUUUCAGCUCCUCGGCGACUUAUCCCGAUGUGUCAUCAGUUUGUAAGGAAUCCCAGGGCUCAGAGGAAUCAGCCUCCGCCUCCCACUGUCAAAAUUUGAAGUAAAAAAGAAAAAUCCACGGCGGUGACGUUGGUACAAAUGCUUUCUCCGAGUCCACGAGUUGAAAGGCGUCUCCAGUGCUGCCAACCACAAAAUGACUUCGCUCAACUUUCCCCGCGAGGGUAGAGCAACGCGCGUUGUGUACGUGUGAAGUGCUAUUUAUAUUUAUAAGUCUGCUAACACUGUAAUGAUUUUGCAGAUUAUAUUUUGUAUCACAGC